AUGUCUAACAACCAGGCUACGUCUGCAGCAGACUUUCAACAAGUCAUAACCGAGACCAUCACCAAAAUCCAACGUUCAGUCAACGCUCAGACCAGUCGUGAUACCUCCGUAUACAGACAAGCCAGGAUCGAGCUCUUACAGCGAUUUCAGAGUGACACAGUGAACUGGACCAAGGAGACAUUUGCUCAACGGAUCGCCAGCAGACAUUUUUCGAGAAACCCACCAUUGAUAAGUGCAAGUGAACGUGAAGAACUCGCUUCGACGAUGCGAAACAACUUGACUAACUCUGGUAAAGCGGGCUUGCAACUCCUUCGCGGUGAAGUAGAUUGGUGUUCAUCAGAUAUCAGAGCUACUUAUACUCAAGAUCAUCCCCGGAAUUUCGACCACGAACAAUUGACCGGUACGGAUACGUAUAGGACUCAACUUCCUGAAGAAGCAUUGGUGGACUGGUUGUUGAGCAAGGAUGCAGAUCGAUUGACAGAGCUUGCUGAGGGCUGGUAUGAGGGUUAUCAAAGGAGACUUGGAGAGAGUAGAUCUUGCUUGAGAUAUACGAGGAUGCUUUAA